AUGACUCAGGUGCCUGCUGACUACCUGUCAACCACCAGCUCCUACAACUAUGAGCCACCCCUCCCCUCCGUGGCUCGGACCAGCACCUUCACCAAAGUCCCUCCAGCCAAAAAAAUAACCUUCUUCAAGAGUGGAGACCCUCAGUUUGCAGGAGUCAAGAUGGCCAUCAACCAGCGGAGCUUCAAGAGCUUCAACGCGCUCAUGGACGACCUCUCCCAUCGGGUCCCGCUGCCCUUCGGGGUCCGGACCAUCACCACCCCACGAGGAAUACACUGCAUCAGUGAGCUGGACCAGCUGGAGGAUGGAGGGUGCUACCUGUGCUCCGACAAGAAGUACGUGAAGCCCAUCAGCAUCACCUCUGGGGGACACAGGCCGGCCCCGCCACGGAACAGCCGCCCCUCCAGCACCAUGAGGAGAGCGGCUCAGGAGGGCAAGUUGGAAGAUUAUUCCACACCUUUCACUCACCAUGGCCCCAGAAUACCCAAGAAAAUCACUCUGGUUAAGAAUGGGGAUAGUGGAUUUCGGCGCUCCAUCAUCCUGAACCGCAGAAAUGCCCGGAGUUUCAAGACGCUCCUGGAUGAGAUCACGGAGAUCCUGCAGUUCCCGGUGAAGAAGCUCUACACUAUUGAUGGGAAGAAGAUCGACAGCAUGCAGGCCCUGCUCCACUGCCCCAACGUGCUGGUGUGCGUCGGCCGGGAGCCCUUCAAACCUGUGUCCAUGGAGAAUUUGAGGAAACACUCGGUGGAGAAGCUGCCCAACCUGCCUCCCCGCUCCAACAAUGGCAACAAUGUCAACGAGAACAAUGAAAAAAAGUCAUACCCCAAUGGCCUCGCAGCCUCUCCAGACAAUGGGGGCCCCUUCUCCAAUGGCUGUUCUCACCCAAAAGCUGGGGACCUGGUCCAGUCCUUGGUCAACGAUGACAUUGAGAAGAGGGUCCAUGUGAACAAGGAUGGGAGCUUGUCCGUGGAGAUGAAGGUUCGCUUCCGCUUGCUCAAUGACGAGACUUUGCAGUGGUCCACCCAGAUCAAAAAGUCCAACCUGAUGAACCAGCUGCCUUGUGAAGAGUCAGGAGUGGAGGAGGACAGCGGAGCAGAUCCCCUACAGAAAAUGAACCCAGAAGCCAGCUCGGAGGCAGAUGAUUCCUUAUAUCCCUGUGAUAUCGAUUCCUACAUGUCCAAACUUGAGGAAUCAGAAUAUGACGAGGCCCACUGUCACAGCUGUGGAAAGAAACACCAGGACUAUGACAUUUGGAAGAACCCCAUGCACAUGUCCCAGAGGGAAGAGCCCGGAGUGCGAAGCACCUGGCACACGCGGUCGUCAUGCUCCAGCACAUCUUCCCGGAGGAGAGUAGUCCACAAAAAAAUGACAUCUGUGGAUAGCAUCCACACCACAUCCAGUGAGGAAUUCUCUGAGCACAUUGUGCAAGAGUCUUCAUCCUACUCAGAGACUAUAAAGAACAGGGUGGCGUAUAGAUCUGUUAAAAAGUGUGUGUGCCGAAGUGAUUUAUCCACCGGUGCUUCCAAUGGAGAAGAACAGCAGGAAUACACUCGGACAAGCACAGGAAACAGCCAGAGGCCUUCAUCCUUGGGCUUGAUGUCACAUUCAAGCUGUGAAAACAACCUGGAUACUCAAGAUAGCCCUGAAGACCAGGAGAUCACCAAAAUCAUUUCACAAAAUGAGGAUGCAAAUUGUUUUGAAGCUUCCUCUGUGAAGUGCUUGAAGGAUGACCCAGAAGAGGUUGAAAGCAGCAGAGUUGGGAGUGUCAUGUCCAGGUCAUCCCUGCAGUCCAGGCAGAGCAAGAAGAACGUGUGUGAGGAAGUGAGCAGCGUGGGCAGGAGCAUGUCCUCCUCAAGCCUUCAGAAGGCAAACCAGGGAGACAACAGCCAGUGCUCCACCCCUGCCAACAGCGUGCACAGCAAGUCCAGUAACUGCACCACACCAAAAGAAAAGGCUGAGCAGGGUGACACCUCUGAUGACAACCCAGUGGUGUCCUCUUUCUCCAGUGAGUCCUGCCCCAAGAAAGAGGCUGAAGAGGUGGAAGCAGAGGAGGAAGAAAGUGAAGUCAAUGAAGUCAGCUCAGUGUCAGCAAAAACAAAGCCAAGCCAAUCAGUCAAGGGGAAGCCAAAGAGAAAAAAUAUGCGUUUAACCAUGUUGAAGAAUUCCUCCAUCAGCAGCAUCGGCACCGAGUCUGUGAUGACCGCAGGAAGAGAGCAGAAAGAAAUUGUGGAUUCCUCCAAAGCAACUUCCUACGGCUCUAAAUCUGCUGCAACCGAAGGAAAUGGUCAGAAUAAUAAAGAGAUUGAUGAUUCUUGCAACAAAAAAACAGAGGAAGAGGUAAAAGAUGCAGGUGUUCAGGAGGAAGGAGGUGAUUUAAUGCCAUCAGCUCUACCAAAUGCAUCUCCAGAAGAAGUUGUGCAAGAGUGGCUCAGGAAAAUCCCUUCGGAAACAUUGCUUAUGAAGUAUGAAAUGGAGGAUGAUGGAGAAGAGGAACAUGCAGAGUCGACCACUGAGGUAUCACACUGUACAAAUGCCGAGGAAGCCCCAGAGGAGGAAAAAGCUGAGGAAAAGAAUGAGGAGGCGGAGGAGGCUGAAAAGGAUGAAGCAAAGGAUGAAGCAAAGGAUGAAGUGGAAGAAGAGAAAGCAGAAGACACAGCUGUUGUUGAAGAGGCAGAAGAAUGCGUGAACCAGGAAGAAAUCUCUGAGGUUGCACCUGAAGCUGCUGAAGCUGAGCAGGCAGAAUGCAACAAGUCAGUUACAUCCAGCCAAAACAACAAUAAGAGAGACCUCCCAACCUCUGUCCAAACGUCUGUCCAGAUCAUGAAGGCCUUGCUCUGUUCAAAGCACGAGACCAAAUUUGACCGAUCAAACAGUUUGCCCGAAGUGUCCCCCACAAUGGGGAGGAAACUGAGUAACUCCGCCAACAUUUUGAUUACUUGUCUUGCCAGCCUCCAGCUCCUUGAUGAAGAGUCAGAGGAUCCAUCAGAAAACUCAAAACAUUUGAAUAAGUCAAGGUACAGGGAGCUGCUGAAUAUUUUUCAAGCCCUGUGGUUUGGAUGCACAGCUGAAAGGAGCGGCCCAAGCUCAGGCCAAGAGGCAAGCAAGGUGGCAAAGCCAGUGUCUGGGUCUAAAGCCCCAAAAUCCAUGGACCACGCCUUCACUCCCAUGUCCUCCUCUGGGGUUGAUGUUUGCAGUUGCUCUGGUGGCUCAGGAGAAGAGUGCACAGCUGGUGCCACGUUGGCGGCUCAGAAAACCAUGGAAUGCAAAUCAGCCGAGCAAAUGGAAAAUGCAGAGACUGGCACAGAACUGACUGAGGUCGAGGAGCAAAGUAAAGAGGAAGAGCAGCCAUCCCGCCCUUCCACAGCCUGCUCAGAUGCAAAAGGUGAGGAAAAGGCAGAGUCUGCUAGAGAGGAGUCUGUAAUCCAGGAGGACGAAGAGAAUAAGGAGGAUCAGGGCAGUAACUGUGAGCAUGGUCAGAACGAAGGGGGAGAAAAUGAAAAUGAAGAAGAAAGCAAAUUAGCUGAAACUGGAGAACAAGAAGAAGUUGAAGCUGUGAAUGAUGAAGUCCCACAAGAAAACCCUGAAGAAGAAGCUGACCAGCCAGAGACCACUGGUGAUGCCAAUGUUGGUGAUGCUGAUGUUGGGACGGAGCUGAAAGAGGAGUUGCAAGAGCAGCCCCAAGAAGAGUCUCCAAAUGACCCUGAGCCCACAGUCGAUACAUCCACCAGUGUGGGCAAAUCCCUUGUCCAGCAAAACUCCGUGGAUCCAGACCCAACCUGGGUCCUGAGACUACUCAAGAAAAUUGAGAAGGAGUUCAUGGCUCACUAUGUCAAUGCCAUGAACGAGUUUAAAGUCAGGUGGAACCUGCAGGACAACCAGCAGAUGGAUGCAAUGAUACUGGAGCUGAAGGAGGAAGUGAGUAAAAGGAUACAAAAGAGCAUAGAGAAGGAGUUGAGGAAGAUCAAAAGCAGGGCUGGAAGGAGGAUGCCGAGACCUCCAGAGGGGCCACCCACACACGAGUCCAAACUCCAAACCGAGCAGAGGAGAUGGAGACUGCAAACUAUGCAUAAAAAGUCCCUCUUUGGGGACAAGAAUGGUGCCCAGAUGAGGUUGGAGGAGACAUCAGAGUUAUCAUUCGAUGCAGAUAAUGACUUUAACCUCAGUGCAGCUUUGGAGGACAGCAUUAGCAAACAAUCCAGUGAGGAGGAAUACUGUCCAUGUGACUCCUGUGUGAGGAAAAAAAUGGCUUCCAGGCCUGCCAGAGCCCCUGUUGUGGCCACCAAUGCCCCAGUCAUGAAAGCCUUUGAUUUGCAGAAAAUCCUGAGGCUGAAGAAAGAUGGCAAUGAGGAAGCCAUCGUUGCAGAAACAGCCCAGGAUACCAAAACACUUCCCAAUGGUUCUGUGGAAGAAGGGGCAGAAAAUGAGAAGGAUGAGGAGCAACCUCAGGCAGGUGAAACAGAAGCAGAGGAAGAAGAAGGAAAAGAGCCAGAAUUAAAUGAAGAUGAUGGUGCAACAUUGAAUGGAGAUGGAGAAGAACCUGAAGUAGCAGAAAGUCAAAACACUGAGAUGGAGGAUGAGGCCAAAACUGAAGAAACCAAAGAAGAAGAAGAAGAAGAAGGAGGGGAAGAAACAAAAGAAGGAGAAGAAGAAGAGGAAGAAAAAGAGGGGGAGGAAGAGAAAGAGGAAGAAGAAAUGGCCAAGGCUGAAGAGGAGGAGGAAACAAAAGAGGAGGAGGGUGAAACUAAAGAAGAAGAUGAGGAAGUAAAAGGAGAAGAAGCAGAGGAAAGUAAGGAGGAAGAGGAACUAAAUGAGGAGGAAGAGAAGGAAGCAGAAGUAGAGGGUGUGAAUGAGGAGGAAGAAACAAAGGAGGAGGAAGGGAAGGAGGAAGACAAAGAAGGAAAGGAAGAAGAAGAAGGGAAAGAGGAAGAAACCAAAGAGGAGGAAGAAACCAAAGAGGAGGAGGAAGAAGAAACCAAAGAGGAGGAGGAGGAAGCAAAAGAAGAAGAGGAGGAAGCCAAAGAGGAGGAAGAAGCAAAAGAGGAGGAGGAAGAAGAAAAGGAGGAAGAGGAGGAAGCAGAAGAGGAAGAGGAAGAGGAAGAAGUGAAGGAAGAAGAGGAAGAAACUAAAGAGGAGGAAGAAGCAAAAGAGGAAGAGGAAGAUGCAAAAGAGGAGGAGGAGGAAGGAAAGGAGGAAGAGGAAGAAGCUGAAGAGGAGGAGGAAGAAGGGAAGGAAGAAGAGGAAGAAACAAAAGAGGAGGAGGAAGGAAAGGAAGAAGAUGAAGAAGCCAAAAAGGAUGGGGAAGAAGCAAAAGAGGAAAAGGAGAAGGACGAAGCAAAAGAAGAGGAAGAAGAAGGGAAGGAGGAGGAAGAAGAAAUGAAAGAAGAGGAAGAAGCCAAAGAGGGAGAGGAAGAAGCUAAAGAGGAGGAGGAGGAAGGGAAAGGGGAGGAGGAAGAAGCCAAAGAAGAGGAGGAAGAAGCAAAGGAGGAAGAGGAAGAAGCCAGAGAGGAGGAGGAAGCAAAAGAAGAGGAGGAAGAAGAAGCAAAAGAGGAAGAGGAAGAAGCAAAAGAAGAGGAGGAAGAAGGAAAGGAGGAAGAGGAAGAAGCCAAAGAGGAGGAGGAAGGGAAGGAGGAAGAAGAAGGGGAGGAGGAGGAGGAAGAAGCAAAAGAAGAGGAGGAGGAAGGAAAGGAGGAAGAGGAAGAAGCCAAAGAGGAGGAGGAAGAAGUAAAGGAGGAAGAGGAAGAAGCAAAAGAAGAGGAAGAGGAGGAAGGAAUGGAGGAAGAAGCAAAAGAGGAGGAAGAUGUGAAAGAGGAGGAAGCAGAAGAGGAAGAAGAGCAAGAAGAGGAAGAAGAAACAAAAGAGGUGGAAGGGAAGGAGGAAGAGGAAGAAGGAGCAAAGGAAGUUGAGGAAGCAAAGGAAGAUGAGGGUCAAACAAAAGAGGAGCAGGAAGUGGAAGAGGAAGAAAGCCAAAAAGAAGAGCAAGAAGAAGCAAAAGAGGAAGAAGAGGGAGAAAAAGAGGAGGAAGAAACAAAGGAGGAAGAGGAGGAGGAAGAAAAAGAGGAAGAAGAAGAACAGGAAGAAGAAGGAGCUCAAAAUGAAGAGCAAGAAGCUGAAGAAAAGUCAGAAGGUGAAGAUGAAGGUGAAAAUGAAGCUGACGAAACAGAGGAGCUGGAGGAUGAGGAAGUUGUGGCUGAUGAUGAGGCAGAGACAUCAGAAUGCAGAGGAGAUGCUGAGGGCUCUGGAACUGACAACAAUCCUGAAGGAGAUGCUGUGGAAGAAAAUGAAGAAGCUGAGCAAGAUGAAGCUGAGGCAGAAGAAGAUGCAAAACCAGAGUCAGGAGAUGAGGCUGAGGAGAAAAGCAGUGAAAGAGGUGAGAAUCCUGAUGAGGAACCCCCCGGUGACGACCCCGACAAUGCACACAAAAAACACGAAGACCAAGGCAACAACAAAGUUCCUGAGAAGGCCACAAAGACCAAAGGCAAGAGAACCAACAAAAGGUUAGAGACUCUGAAAAAAUCCACAGCCUUUUCUUGUUAUUCUUCUGUUGGAAACUUCUCACAGCAAUCCCAGAAGGGGUCUGAUGAUGAAGAGGAAAGAGUAGAUGAAGAGGAAGGAGUGGUCGAGGAGGAAGGAAUAGCUGAAGAGGAAGUUGUUGAAGAGGAAUGCAAAGGUGAUGAAAACCCCACUAGAGACCACCCAAAUGGAGAGGUUCGAAGUGACGAGAGCUCCAAACCCUCUCAGAUGUAUCCUGACAGUGAGGAAGAAGAAGAGGACAAAGAAUCUUCAGGUUCUGAUCCUGUGGGAGAUGAGGAGCAGCCAGAUGCUGAAGGUGCAGAUCCAAAGGAGACUGAAAACACUGAGGAAGUUCAGGCUACUAAAAAGAAAGAAAACUCUGAUGAAAUUGACCAGGAUGACCUGGACUUCUAG